AUGGAGACCCUGCCAAGCUACGCCGAGGACAUCGACGGCGGAGGGUCGCCGUCGGUGUCGAUGCUGUCGGAGGUGGCCGCUUCCAGAAAGAUCACUAUAGUCGGUGGAUCCAUACCGGAGAAGGCUUCGGGGCAGCUGUUCAACACGUGUUGUGUGAUCGGGCCUGAUGGAGCGAUACUGGGCAAGCAUAGGAAACUGCAUUUGUUUGGAAUCAAUAUCCCUGGAGAUAUCUGUUUCAGGGAAUCUGAUACCUUCACUGCUGGACAAGAACCUACUGUCGUUGACACAGAUUUGGGACGGAUUGGUAUUGGAAUUUGUCAUGAUAUCCGCUUUCCGGAACUAGCGAUGUUGUAUCGAGCGAGAGGUGCACACUUGGUAUGCUAUCCAUCUGCCUUCAACAUGAGCACCGGGCAACUUCUAUGGGACCUUAUGCAGAAGUCCAGAGCUAUUGACAAUCAGUUGUUUGUGGCGACUUGCUCGCCUGCACGAGACCCCAACCCGCACUCGGAAUACAUGAUCUGGGGUCAUUCAAGUCUCAUCGGACCAUUUGGGGAAGUCCUGGCAGCAGCAGGGCACGAAGAAGCAACCGUCGUCGGAGAGAUUGACCUGUCUUUGAUUGAAGCUGUAAGGGAGAACAUCCCCUUGGAGAUGCAGAGACGAGGGGAUCUGUACAGGUUGGUAGAUGUCCAGAAGGAAUAUUAUGCAAGCUAGCUAAGUUGCUACAGGAGACGCAAACACAUCCUGGGUUCAGUAACACUAGACAUUGUUUACAAAACUUUGCAAUUGAAACAUAAGGCCUUACAAAAUGUAACAGAUUAGUUAGUCCCAUACUAGUAUCGUCGUCCACAUAAACAGAAAGAUAGCAAGACAAAAACACACAUAUCUAUCAUCUAAUAGUUGUCCAGAAAUUUCACCAGCCACGUCCAGACCCCCAUCCGCUGCUUCCACCAUCCUGUGCUGACUUUCCGGCGCUGCCCCAUCCUGAAUAGUUACCAGCGUGAGAAAAAGCUGAAGCGGUUGCGCCACCACCAGAACCUCUCAUAGGAACCAUCGCAGCAACAUUUCUUGCUGAUGCACCAGCGUCAGUUGGUGGUCUGUUGAUAUUCUUCUGG